AUAAUAUUUAAAAGUUUGUACAUAAAUUAAAAGUUUUCAUAAAAAUGAUUGAAAUAAUAAUUGGUGCUAUAGUUGCCAUAGUUGUGGCACUAUAUGUAUAUUUUGAACUUCCUUUAAAAAGGAUCAAGAGGCUAACCAGUGCGAUACCCGGCCCAAAAGGCCUUCCAAUUGUUGGAAUAUUAUUUGAUGUUAGAAAAGAAAAAGCAGGUACAUUUGGAUUCUUGUGGAAUAACACACAAAAAUAUGGUCCUAUUUUCAAAAUUCCAUCAGUAGGACGUUUGGCAAUUAAUAUGACUAAUCCAGAAGAUAUAGAGGUUCUUUUGAAAAAUAAUGAAAUUUUGGACAAGCCGUACUCAACGACCAAAUUUUUUAAACCAUGGCUAGGAAAUGGCUUGGUCUUUAGUGCAGGACCUUAUUGGAAACAGCAAAGAAAAUUAAUUACACCCACAUUUCAUUUUAAUAUAUUAGAAAAGUUUUUCGAAGUUUUUAACGAACAAGGUGACAUCCUAAUUAAAUUAUUAAAAGAAAAAGCAGAUGGGAAAACAAAUAUAGAUAUUUUCCCAUACAUGCAAUCAUUUGCGUUGGAUGUUAUUUGUGAAACAGCUAUGGGCACAAAAAUUCAUGCACAAACAAGUGCCAGGAGUGCAUAUGUUUUAGCUGUACAAGAUAUGGAAAGAAUUAUUGUCGAAAGAUUUAUUAGUGUCAUUCAACAAAUAGAUUUCUUAUUUCCUUUUACUGAAAAUGGGCAGACUCAAAGAAAAGCAUUACAAAUUUUAAAAGAAUCAACUGAUAAAUUAAUUCGAAAACGUCGAGACGACUUAAUCAAAGAGUCUGAAAACAAGUCAGAUGAAAAUCAAGACGAUUCUUUUGGUACCAAAAAGCGUUUAGCAUUUUUGGAUUUGAUGCUUCAAGCACGAAAUAUGGAUGGUACACCAUUAACUAAUGAACAAAUUAGCGAUGAAGUAUCAACUUUCACUUUUGCUGGCCAUGAUACGACGUCAACUCAAUUAGCUUUCCUGUUUUACUUACUAUCUAAGAAUCCACACAUUCAGGAAGAAAUUUAUAAAGAACAAUGUGAUAUUUUAAUGGGUGAAAAACGUGAUCCUACAUUCCAAGAGGUUCAAGAAAUGCAUUAUUUAGAAAGAACAAUUAAAGAAGCUCAACGAUUAUUACCCAGUGUACCACUUUUCAGUCGUCAAGUCACUAAAGAUUUACAAUUGAAAACAAAUAAUUAUCUUGCCCCCGAAGGAUCUAUAUUAACCGUAUUUACAUUUGGUUUACAUAGAAAUCCAAAUAUCUAUCCAGAUCCAGAAAAGUUUGAUCCUGAUCGUUUUCUACCAGAAAAUUUGCGAGAACGAAAUCCAUAUUCAUUUGUUCCAUUUAGUGCUGGUCCCAGAAAUUGUAUUGGUCAAAAGUUUGCUAUGCUUGAAAUGAAAACAAGUAGCAGUAAAAUCUUAAGGAAUUUCAAAAUAUUACCAGCUUUUGAAGCAGAUGGUACACCCUACGAACCAGAUCUCAGAGCGUACAUUGUAUUGACAGCUGUAAACGGUGUACAAGUACGUCUCGUCUCUCGAACUUAAAAUUUGUACAAAAACUGUAUAUUUAAUUCGUACAAAUAUGUUAGCUGAUUUCAUACGUAAUUUUUAUUUUGUAAAAAAAUUUGAUGCAAUAAAUGUAUUUUAA